AUUUCUUCACAUCUUUACGCCUUCUCUCAACAGCAUUACAGACAUGGCAACAUAUUUGGCAUCUAUUUACGGUACAGAGAAAGACAAGGUUAACUGUUCCUUUUACUUUAAGAUCGGGGCCUGUAGGCAUGGCGACCGCUGUUCCAGGAAACAUGUCAAACCAAAUUUUUCACAAACGAUCCUUAUCCCCAACGUGUAUCACAACCCAUCUCAUGACGCCAAUUGUAAUAUGACGAAACAGGAAAUUCAGGAGGAUUUUGACAACAUUUACGAAGACUUUUUUGUCGAAUUGGCUAAAUAUGGGGAAAUAGAAGAAAUGCAUGUUUGUGAUAAUAUCGGCGAUCAUCUUGUGGGCAACAUAUAUGCCAGAUUUAAAUAUGAGGAGGACGCUGGAAAUGCUGUUGAAAGCCUCAAUAACCGCUUUUAUGCAGGUCGGCCACUUUGGGCUGAGCUUUCUCCAGUAACGGAUUUCCGAGAAGCCUGUUGCCGCCAAUAUGAAAAUUCUGAAUGCACUCGAGGUGGUCUAUGCAACUUUAUGCAUCUUAAAUCAGCAGAUAGAAAUCUUAAGAGAGAGUUAUAUGCAUCUCAAAGGAACUACUUGCGUGAGAAGAGACGGGAAGAGCAGAGACAUAGGGACGAGAGGCGAAGUUCAACAGUUCCAGAUGAUCACCUUGAAUAGAUCAUAUUAUAUCAUAUCUCUAGUG